UUCCUUUAAAAUGCAUCCGAUUGCACAAGAGAGACGCCAGUCCACGAAUUAGCCGUGUGGUAGGUUGACCGCGAGCUGUCGAAGCGAAGCUUUCACGCGAGUUGUGCACAAUUUUGACGGCGCUCAGCCUUCCUCCCGCCCUCAUCAUCGCCCCCAUCGGACCGGACUAUCCUCUCCGGCAUGACUCGGUCGACAGGAAUGCAGCACCAGUUUGCAUGAGCAUCUGGACGAUAUAUUGCCAUAUUGGAUUUAUUCUGAGAACUUUUCACAUUGGAUGUUGCGCUGGUGUCGUGCUCAGAGAAGCGCCUGACUCGAACCGGUUUUGCAGAAGAUAUUCACGCAAGGUUAUGCAGCCGCUAUAGCAGCCCACGUCAGGGAUCGCUGCUGGUUCCUCCUCGGAGCUUUCAUUGUUGCCGGCUCGUCCCAGCAGCUUGUGUGCAGGCAAGGGGGCGAAGAUGGGACUGCCCGCCCUAGAGUUCAGUGACUGCUACCUGGAUAGUCCGCAAUUCAGGGAAAGACUCAAGUCCCACGAACUGGAGCUGGACAAGACCAGCAAGUUUAUCAAGGAGCUCAUCAAGGAUGGCAAGGCGCUCAUCCAAGCGCUCAAAAGUUUGUCUACGGCCAAGAGGAAAUUCGCCGACUCUCUCAACGACUUUAAAUUCCAGUGCAUCGGGGACGCCGAGACGGAUGAUGAAAUAUGCAUAGCCAAGUCGCUUCAGGAAUUUGCAGCUGUUCUCCAAAACCUGGAGGAUGAGCGGACACGCAUGAUUGAAAACGCCAAUGAUGUGCUCAUUAUGCCUCUGGAGAGGUUCAGGAAAGAGCAAAUCAGUGCAGCUAAGGAAGCUAAGAAAAAGUACGACAAAGAGACAGAGAAGUAUUGCGCGGUACUAGAGAAGCAUCUGAGUCUUUCUGCAAAGAAAAAAGAGUCACAUCUGCAUGAAGCCGACAACCAGGUGGAUACCGUGCGGCAGCAUUUUUAUGAAGUUUCUUUAGAGUAUGUCUUCAAAGUGCAAGAGGUCCAAGAGAGAAAGAUGUUUGACUUUGUGGAGCCUUUGUUGGCCUUCCUCCAAGGCCUCUUCACCUACUAUCACCAUGGUUACGAGCUGGCAAAGGAUUUCAAUCACUUCAAGACGGACCUCACAAUCAGCAUCCAGAAUACGCGGAACCGUUUCGAGAGCACGAGGUCCGAGGUGGAGAGUCUGAUGAGGAAGAUGAAGGAGAAUCCGCAUGAGCAUAAGAGCAUCAGUCAGCAUACCAUGGAGGGAUAUCUGUAUGUGCAGGAGAAGCGCUCCUUUGUGUCCUCCUGGGUGAAGUACUACUGCACGUACCACAGGGAGCCAAAGCGGGUCACCAUGGUCCUGUUUGACCCCAAAUCGGGGGGCAAAACUGGUGAGGAGGAGAGCUUCAUCCUCAAGUCCUGCACCAGAAGGAAAACAGACUCCAUUGAAAAAAGAUUUUGCUUUGACGUGGAAGCUGUGGACAGGCCGGGAAUGAUCACAAUGCAGGCUCUGUCAGAGGAGGACCGCAGAUUGUGGAUGGAGGCCAUGGAUGGUAGAGAGCCAGUGUACAAUCUCAACAAGGACAACCAUACGGAAGGCAUGGCCCAGCUGGAUGUGAUUGGGUUCAACGUGAUGAAAAAAUUCAUUUAUGCAGUGGAGACGAGAAGUAUUGACGAGCAGGGCUUGUACAGAAUCGUUGGCGUCAGCUCUCGAGUGCAGAAACUAUUGAGCCUCGCCAUGGAUCCGAAGACAUGCGCUGAUGUGGAGCUGGAAAACCCCGAGUGGGAAAUUAAGACCAUCACCAGUGCUAUCAAGCACUAUCUCAGGGUGCUCCCUGCACCUCUCAUGACAUAUCAGUAUCAGAGAAGUUUCAUCAAGGCUGCAAAGUUGGACAACCCCGAGGCCAGGGUGACAGAAAUCCACAGCCUGGUGCACCGACUGCCUGAGAAGAACCGGCAGAUGUUGGAGAUGCUCAUGAAACAUCUGUCCAACGUGGCCAGUCACCACCAGCAGAACCUGAUGACCGUUGCCAACCUGGGCGUGGUUUUCGGACCGACUCUUCUCCGUCCGCAGGAAGAGACAGUGGCAGCCAUCAUGGACAUCAAGUUCCAGAACAUCGUGGUGGAGAUCCUCAUUGAGCACCGCGAGAGGAUAUUCAAAGACGCACCUGCUGGAGGUUUAAGCAACUCUCAACUCAACCAAUCCAGAAGAAGAAGCACUGAGAGUAAAGCUCCGUCCUGUAUUGAAAGACCUCUCACGCUCUUCCAGACACCAACACAUUCCGUCAAAGGGGAGAAGAGAAACAGCAUCGUCAACGAGCCGCAGCAAGCUGUGUCAUCCUCGGCCAACUGCAACAGCAGCGGUAGCAGCGGCAGCGGCAGCAGCAGCAGCAGCAGUAGCGGCCAAAGUCUAACGCCCCGACACAGCCUGAUCAGCAACGAUGGCGAGCAAGACACCAAGCACAUCCGUCCCAGCUCACUGUUGCACCCCAAAAACCGCAGCAGCAUACCAGUCUGUGCAUUAUCCUCCAGUCCAAACUCACCACGGUCUCCAUCGUGGCCCAUGUUCUCAGCGCCGUCCAGUCCGCAGCCCGUUUCUUCGGCGUCCAGCGACUCCUCCCCGAUCAGCAUUUCCGGCAAGCGAGCUCGGGCACUUUACGCCUGCAAAGCGGAGCACGACUCGGAGCUGUCCUUCAUUGCUGGGACUAUCUUUGACAAUGUUCACGCCUCCAGGGAGCCAGGCUGGCUGGAAGGGACGUUGGAUGGUCGAAUAGGACUGAUUCCUCAGAACUAUGUGGAAUUUCUAUAGCGCACCGAGUGAACUGGAGGACCACACUGGUCUGAGACGAGAUCAAACUGGACUGCAAGCGCAGGGGGGGGGGGGGGACCAGACUUGAUAAUAGACACGAGUGGGAAUUCACCUUUUCUUUUUUGGGAGUUGAUGAGACGCAUGCAGACUUUGGCGAGAUCUCGGAAUUGCACUGGAGGGAGCCGCUGCGGUUCCAGCUGUUAUUGGAUUAGUUUGGGUGGCUUCCCAAGUCCUUGCAAAGACGAUGCGCUAAUGAGCCUGGAAUGUGUGUGUGUUGUGUGCGUGUGUGUAAGUGAAUGAACCGAUUAUAUGUGAGCUUGUUUCUCCCCUUCUGUCUUCUUUUGAACUGCACUGACAGCUUAUCAAGAUCUUCCCGCAGAUGUCAAAUACAAUUUGAAAUGUCCUGUCACAUUGGAUUAGAUUACAGACCCCCCCCACACUCACACACACCUCCUGCCAACAAGGUCAAGAAGAUUUUUUUAAAAUGACUAUUCUUUCCACAAGCAUAAACCUGGAUAAUAUUUGAGGCAGUCAGGUCCUCAGGCAGAUGGGUGCAAAGUAAUCCUACCCCCCCCUCGGGGAGAUGAGUGUGAGGUAACACUUACGCAAGUUCAUCCAAAGGUCAGUUAAUGUUCACCCCUUCUAGGCCGUGGGUAAAAAAUGUGAACAAUUUCAAAACAAGUGGUAUAUAGUAAUAGUUUUUUCCUCCACUUCCAAAUAUGCACAAUAACUUGUACAGUCACUCAGGGUGAUUUUUAGUGAGCAAAUUGCCAAGCUGCUGCUUUCUAGCGUGCUUUCCCAAAUUUGUACUUUUUCUGAUCUUCAGUCAAAGUUUCACAGAAAACUCUCCAAAAUAUUUGGUUCCUCCCCAUGUACAUUGUCGGUGUAGCUAGGAUGGUUUCUUGGGAGUUUCAAAACAAAGCGUCAAUGUGAAAUGAGACUACUUUUAUUUAUGAGACUCUCUUGUAAUCUGAAGUGAGGUGUUUAACUUUGUACAGAUAUAAUUAACUUGCAUAUUGAUGAUUUUUUUUUUUGGAAGUUUGAAAUUUUUAUAUUUGUGUUCCUAGCAUACUAACUUAAUUCUUCUAUUCCAGCUUUGAUGCUCAGAUUUUCUUUUGUAUCGUUGAAGUUUAAUUACAGCCUUAAAAAGUGAUGGAAUUUGAGGAUUAAAGAUUAAUGGAAGAGUU